AUGCAAAAGGAGCACUGCGAACUUCUUCGUGAUCAGCCCCGACAGCCUUUGGGGUGGCCUAGAGACCACGGAGAUGUCCGUGUGACUGUGCGGAGCCCCAAAUCGCCGCCUCGUGACUUUGCUGCUGCUCCAAGAGUCGUGCUGCGGAAGACCUUGGUGGCUGUGGAUAUUGCUUGCCUGCUUGUGGCCUCCAUCCCGUUCUUCAUCUGUGAGGUUGGCCUCGUCACCCCCAUGCGCCGUGGCUUCUUCUGCAAUGACAGCAGCAUCAGCUACCCGCUACAGCGUGCUGAGACCGUCUCUGACACUGUGCUCAUCUCCGUGGGGAUCCUUGUAGCCUCUCUAGCGAUCACCCUAGGUGAAAGCUACCGCGUGCAUAACCUGCCCCACAAUUCACAUUCCAUUGUCUCCAACCCAUAUGUGGCCGCACUCUACAAGGAAAUUGGCGCCUUCCUUUUUGGCUGCACUGUGGGCCAGUCGCUCACCAACAUGGCCAAGAUUACUGUGGGCCGCCUCCGCCCACACUUCCUGGCUGCCUGUCGGCCCAACUUCACUCGCAUCAACUGCUCAGCUGGAUACCUGGAGGACUACGUCUGCACUGGGGGCAUCUCGGAGGAGAAGGAAGCUAGGAAGUCAUUUUACUCUGGCCACGCCUCCUUCGCUAUGUACACCAUGAUGUAUUUGGUGUUUUAUCUGCAGGCGCGCUUCACCUGGCGGGGUGCUCGGCUGCUACGGCCACUGGUCCAAUUCGUGUUGCUGAUGCUGGCAAUGUACACCGGCCUGACCCGGAUCUCAGACUAUCGGCACCACCCAUCUGACGUGGUUGUAGGGCUGCUGCAAGGGGCGUUUGUGGCAUACUGGGUGGCCUUUCAUGUUUCCAGCAUGUUUCAUUGCAAACACCAGCCCCGCCACCUGCCUGCAGCCAUUUUGGACACUCCCAGUUCAGACGGACAGACAGACUGCUAGGGGAUGCCUGGGACAUGAGUGCUCUCUGUUUUAUUGACUGCAGGGCCUAGAGCAAACUUGUCCCCUCUCUGAACAAUUGUCCCAGUUGUCUGGCACCUCCAGUGCUUUGUCACCUGCUAGAGGCCACUAAGGAAGGGCUCUUGCUCAUUGCCAAUAUCGACUGCUGAACCAACUGCUGGGAAACCAAGAGGGAAAGGGAGUGGUGUCCUAUCAGAAGUUAGGGAAUCCCUAUGCCAACACCAAAGAUUUUGCUACCCUUCCAGCAUUAACAAGGUUUAUCUUUGGAUUUGGACACCACACCACACUCCACUUCCUUAUGAGCUUUCGCUCCGUCAAAGGGCACAACGUUCACAUCACCACUACAGGCUUGAGUUUCCUGUUAGAUUGUCCUCAUGGAAGAAGUUUCAGAUGGGAAUCUUUUUAAUCCAGGAAGAGCUGCCCUUCCUCCUCAAUGGUACUGAGAUGAUGUUAGCCUGGAAGUAUUAUGCACUUGGGGUAUGUUGCUACGAGAAGAACUGAUAUCCUGAGGAAUUCAAUAACUGCUGCUCUAGUGAUGCAUCUCAGCUGCUUUUUAGCCAGCGGUGUGUCUUGCAGAAUUAUACAUAUGAAGGAAUUAACCACAGACCCUGGAGGGUCUAAAAAUGGUGGAGGAUCUGUAUAUCCGUAUGCUGGUGUGGUGUGCUCUCUAAUGCUGCCAUGGACCUCCCACCCUCCACCCCCCUCACCUUUUUCACCUCCCAUAAUGUGAAUGGUUUGGUUUUUUAAAAAAUAAAUGGUACUGACAAUCA